CACCUAAUUGUAAAAAAAUCAUAACAUUUCCCCUUAAAUAUUUAAAAUAAGUGUAGUGGUAGAUAAAACACGCGUAGUAUUUACAGACACAUUAAACCGAAAAUGUUUUCCAAGGCUGUUAUAGAUUAGCCGCAAUUACACCAGGAUCUUUGUACUGCACUACUGCAGUAGUACUACUUCCUCUACUACGCAGUAUUAUUUCCAUUUACUGCGUUGGCUUUGUCCUCAGUGUGUGUCGUUAUUGUGUGUCCUUUAGGGCGAGCUUCACGUCCAGUUGUUAUUAUUCAUCUACAUGCCUCCCAAGAGAGAAGCAGGAACCACCGCCACACAACCGCCAAUGAAAAUACUUAAAGUCGACUCGGAUGUACAGGUGUUUGGCUGUGAUCCAGAUGAGGAACGGUACAGACCGUCCGAAGAAGCCAGCUACUCGGCGUUUUCCAACAACGAGAACGAAGUGAAUGAAUUUGACGAGGAAAAUGAUGGAAGUCCAGGCAUGAGAACGGACACCAUCAGUCUCCUCAUGAAGAUCGAUCAGCUGCAGGCUCAGCUCAAGUACGAACGCAGAUGUAGGGUUUUGGCUGAGAGGGAGCUCAGGGAGUUAAAAGAGAUGAACACUCUAAUGAUGCAGAUGAGGCACACAGCACACGAACUAAGAGUCACACUGAACCACGUUCUCCAAGAAAGAGAGGAAACACUCAUACAGCAGACCUCGCAGGAUGAAACCCUGUCGUUCUCCACUCCGCCUGAGGCAGAGAUCAGAGAAGUCCACCAACUCUCAGAGGAUAAUAACAACAUUCUGUUUCUUGCUGAAAAUCUUCGAAUACCGAGGAACCUCUACGAGCCGAUCGCGGAGAUCGCGGACUACAAGAAGUACAUUUCAGCGCUGCUGAUGAUACUUUUUGAUAGAGAAACUUUGGCCACACACUCGUUGCAAGGUCGUAGAGGGGCAGGAGACGAGUGCCACAAGCCUCAGCUACCACCUGACAUCCUGAAGGGCAUCAUUGACCACGUGUCGACCAAGUUUGGUGUGGACUGCAGCCAAAUAAGAACAGCAAUCAGAACAAAGCUUAACAAUGAGGACAAACUAUUAAAGAAGAGGCUGGGUUUGAUCAGGCACGAACACAGAGCGAGUCUGGAUCCAAACCUGUGCCAGGAUUCCUCCCUCCUGGCCGACGUAGUGUCGUAGUGGGCACUGACUCUCACCUAUAACGUUUUUAAUUUGUAGUAAAUUAACAUGUAAUAUUUUAAAUUUCUUUGAUUUGUUGACUUUUGUUUCUGAUAGUAGGGCGUGACCGAUGACAUUAGUUUUCUAAAAAACAAAUGUAUUUAGUCAUAGUCUAGUUGUUGUCAUUUUUCCCAGGGUCCUCUCUGUUUUACGCUGACAUCUGUUUGUGUCUUUUGACCUCAACGUGCCAAAAGUGUGAAAGUCAAACCUGUCGUUCCACUCAACUAACCGAAUACUUAAAAACUGUGGCGUGUACUCCAAAAUAACCAAAAGUUCCUGUUUCCUGUUGGGGUGUGAAGUGGUCGUAUCUUUAAAGGCUGGAUCGUGAUGUUGUUUGUUAAACACUUCUAGCACAAUUUAAUCAGCUGGCCUUUAUUUAUUUUAUAAGUAGAAAGUAUUUGGAUUAUAUUGUCCGUUGUUGUACUCUUGUUACGAGUUGUGCAAUACACCAUGUGAUACUGUAUUUUAAGAUUCUAUUUUAUAGAUUUAGAUAAGCCAAGAAUGGCAAUGAAGCUUCCACAACUUCUGGUUCUCUAUUUGCUGUUAUUCACUGUGAAAAAAGUAUAUUAAAACUUUGAAGCCUUUGC